ACCUCACUGCGUUCAGUCCGUCAGAGUUAUUCAAAUGACAUGUUAAAUGACAUGAGGAUACACUUCAGCUCUAAAUCUCUCUGCUUCAUACUUCUGCCUUGCCAUAUGACGAACAGCAAUCCAAAAAAGGGAAUUUUGAGCAAUAUCACUUGAACUGGUUAUUUUUUCUUCUUCAGUUUGACCUAAAGGCACAAAAAGUGUCCACAGAAUGAGAGGCGUCGUGACGGUGUGCUGUCUGAGUUUUCUGCUGGGUCUUGUGGCUGUGGUUGAGAGUGAUGAAGACUACACUGAGGAUGAAGAGAUGAUCCUGUCUCUAAUUCUGCAGGAUGACACUCAGCCUGAAGCAGAGAGCAGGCCAUCCGCCCAGUUUUACAGGUGCACUAAGGACGCGUGGCGCAUGCCGGGUCAGUAUAUAGUGGUGAUGCGGAACGGGACGCACGUGAACCAGGUGGAGCGCACCGUGCGCAGACUCCGUGCAAAAGCCGCAAAACGCGGAUACCUGAUCGAAAUACUGCAGACUUAUUCUGGAGCCUUCUACGGGUUUCUGGUGAAAAUGAGCAGCGAUGUUCUUCACAUGGCAGUAAAGCUGCCCCAUGUGGAAUACAUUGAAGAGGAUUCCUCCAUCUUUGCCCAGAGCAUCCCAUGGAACCUGCAGCGCAUCCUUCAAAACAAACAUGAGCCUGGAAAAUACUCACCACCCAAUGAUGGCGCAAAGGUGGGAGUGUAUCUCUUAGACACAAGCGUUCAGGUGACUCAUCGUGAGCUUGAGGACAGGGUUAUGGUGACGGACUUCAACAGUGUGCCAGAGGAGGAUGGGGUCAGAGUUCACAGACAGGCUAGUCAGUGUGACAAUCAUGGGACGCACAUAGCAGGAGUGGUCAGUGGACGGGACUCGGGUGUAGCUCGAGGUGCCAGCGUGAACAGUGUCCGAGUGUUGAACUGCCAAGGCAAGGGUACCGUGUCAGGAGCUUUGGCAGGUCUGGAGUACAUCCAGUCAUCUCUGAUGUCUCAGCCUAUCAGACCCGUGAUCCUACUGCUGCCAUUUGUAGGGGGAUUCAGUCGUACCCUCAACGCUGCCUGCAGGACAAUGGUUGAAUCUGGCGCGGUGCUCAUUGCUGCAGCUGGUAACUACAACGAUGAUGCGUGUCUGUACUCACCAGCCUCAGAGCCCGAGGUGAUAACAGUAGGGGCUGUUAAUUUUGCUGACCAGCCGUUGAGCACUGGGAGGACAGGCACCAACGUGGGCCGCUGCGUGGACGUGUUCGCACCCGGUGAUGACAUCAUCAGCGCAUCCAGCGAUUGCUCUACCUGCUUCACUACCAAGAGCGGAACAUCACAGGCAGCGGCACAUGUUGCUGGUAUAGCGGCGGUGCUCCUGAAUCUGAGUCCAAACUCCAGCUCUGCUGAGCUUCUGCAACAGCUCCUCUAUCAUUCAGUCAAACAGGUCAUUAACCCAGAGUCUCUGCCACAGGACCACCGUCUCACUACACCCAACAUGGUGGUCGCCCUGCCCGACCCGACCUCCACACUCACAGGAGAGGAUCUGUUCUGUAGAUCGGUUUGGUCUGAGAGGUCAGGCGCUUCAGGUUUCGCCACAGCUGUGGCCCGCUGUCGCCAAGGUGAAGAGAUGCUGAGCUGCUCCAGUUUCUCACAUAACGGCGCGAGAGCUGGAGAAAGAGUGGAGGUGAGAGAUGGGCAGAAAGAGUGUGUUGCUGUCAAUGGGAAUGGAGGGCAAGGCGUGUUUGCUGUAGCACGCUGUUGUACGGGCCAUAAAGCUCAGUGCCAGAUGAUAGAGAGUCCCGAGAGAGGCGCGGAUGCAGAAUGUCCCCCAGACCACCAGCUGACAGGCUGUAGUUCUUCCUCUUCAUCUGGAGACGUAUCAGACUCUGAUCGACCUCUAUAUGGCAGCCGCAGGGCAUGUCCUGCUAAAAGGGGUGUAACGUCAUAUGCCUCCUGCUGCCACAUGUCCUCUCUGGAGUGUCAUCUGAAAGAACAUGACCCCACGGAUCUUAGCGAGCAGGUGGAAGUUUCAUGUGAGGACUCCUGGACACUGACAGGCUGUCAGGCUCUUUCACGUGGUUCUGUCACUCAUGGGGCAUUUGCUUUGGGAAACACCUGUGUAGUUCGUACAUCUGGAAGAGAUAAAGGAGCUGCCGCCAUCGCCACCUGCUGCAGGCACCGCCCGUCCGCCCACCCGACCAGCCGCGUGACCACUGAAGACCUCCUUGAUGCCUAAGGGAUGUGUGUUCCUCUUUCCUCCCUUCUCUGAACACGUAACCAAGGACAUUAUUGCUAUAACGCAUAGAAUAGUAGGAGGCGUGACACAAGUGAGCUCAAUUCUGCCACUAGGGAAUAUUACAUGAUGGAGAAGAACAUUGUAACUGGUUCUGGAUAUAACCAUAAACAAUCUAGACACGCUAAAACACUUUAAAUUAGGCCUUUAGACUGCAAAACACAUUUUAAAUAGGGAUGCAUUGACCAAUUCUGACCUAUACCAAUAAUUAUCAUGUUAUGGCCCAUAUAAAAUUAUUUACUAUUUUGUUUAAAUAAACUAAAAAUAAAACACUAAUAAAAUCAUUUGAAAUGCUACAAGUGAAUUUAGGCUUCACUGAAGAAUUGGCAUUCAUUUUGAGAUUUGCUAAAGAUUACAUUUAACGGCGUUAUUAAAUUAUACGUUUUUAAAGAUUGACUUAGAUGAUGGCAAAGGUAAUCUAAAUUUAAAAAGAGGAAUCACGCAUAUACAAUGACAUGCAAAAUUGGCCGAUAUAUUUAAAAUAUGGACCAAUACUGAUAAAUGAACAAACCUCCAAUACUGGUAACUGAUAAUAUUGAUAACACUGUAUUGAGUCAGCACUUUUCAUUUUGAUAUUUACACAUUCUGAAGAUCUAUUUUUACUAUAUUUUGGAAAGAGCAUUAUCUACUAUUAUGCAUGUGCACUGUUUAUAAGAGUUUAAUUCUUUUUAUAAAUGUAUAUUUUUACAUUACAAGUAUUAUACAAACUUUAUGUGAGUGAUAGUCUAAAAUCAACUUCAGACUUGACACGCACAAAGUGACACAAUCUGUGAAAGUUGUGCAUUCCAGUUUUUCCUUUUUUAUAUCAAAUGUUUUCAUUGUCAAACUCUGAUGUACAAAUUAAAAUGUGGUUUUAACAUG